GCUGAAGCUUCGAUCUGAGAUUUUCGUGCGAGCCGAGCCGAGCCAUGGCCACUGCGGCGCUUGCUCCUGAAGAGGCCACAGGUACUGUGGGGAGCCUGGCUGGGACUCACACCUGGCAGAAGCCGCAGGAGGACAAGCAGACCGAGAAUUUCAGAGGGGGCAAGCAGCACGAGAAUUUCAGGCACAACAAUGUGAAGUUCUUGCAGGAUCAGAACAAGGAGGCCACCCGAGCCCUCGACCGAGUCGAGGAGGAGCGCGACAAGGCCUUCGCAGACAUCGCUCAGUGGGAGGAGAAGAGGCUUCAGAUUCAGUCGGAGUAUCAGAAGCUUCAGCAGGAGUUGGCAGACACUGAGGAGAAGUGCAACAUCUCCGCUGCAGAAAUCCACAAGCGAGAUGAGCAGAUUAGAGUUCUGUCGGAGCAGAACCGAUCUCUUUUGGAUAUGCUGGAGCAGGAGGAGCAGCUGGUCAAGGAGCGGCAGACCCAGGUCACCACGCUCGCGGCCACCCAGGACCGCCUGCAAAAGAUCGCGGAUGACUACAACCUCGUCAAAGCCACAGGCAAUCAGCAGCUGUUGGGAGCCUACAACGAGAUUGCCAAAUUUGAAGAGGAGCUCCGAAAUGCUCAAGCAGAAACCGGGCAGCUCAAGGAGGCGGAGAAGAACUUCGCGGCCCAGGCCAAGGCAGACAUCGAGGCCUUGGAGUCCAAGCUGAAGGAGUCCAAGGACCAGAAUGUCCAAUAUCUGCAGCAGAUUCAGCACAACGAGGUCUACGAGCACCGGCUGGCGGAGGCCAUCAACCGGCUGCGGGAGACCUUGGAUGAGCUGACGGUGCAGAAGAAGGGCAUCAAGAUGCAGCUGGACAUGGAUUCCGAAAACCGCGACAAGUGGAUGCAAAGCAAGGCGGAGGUGGAGCGAAGAAAGGAUGGCCUAGAGAAGAUGGUGGACGCCCUGCGCCAGUCCCUUCGGGGUGCGGAGGAGCAGAACACGCGAAUGCAGGAAGAGAACAAGGCUGGCGCAGACAACUUCAGGCAGCUGGGUGACAAGGUCUAUGCGCUGAUGGAUCAACUUCGCCAACACCAGACCGACCUCAAGAAGACAGAGAUGGCGGGCGUGGAGAAGCAGAAGAAGAUCGGUUCGCUGGACAAGCAGUCGCAGAAUCUUCAACAGCAGCUGCAGAUGGAGGUGGAUGCCAAGCUCUCCGCAGAAGCGGAAGCCAGGAACGCCGCCCAGAUGCAGGCGCUGCUGCAGAAGAAGAACAAGAUGCUGGAGGAAGCUCUGCAGUUGGCGCUCAAGGCGCAAGAGAAGGUCGAGAAGCGCUUGUUGGAGCUCAAAGAGAAGACCGAAGCGCUUCAAACGCAGAACGACUACCUCGCCACGCGCAUUGAUGGCAACGAGGAGGACAAGGGCGCCUUGAGGUACGACCUGAGGAGGACGGAGGAUGAGCUCCGCCAGGCCACCGCCGUGAACGGCCAACUCCUGCAGAAGCGUGUAGAAGUGGAGGAUCGCUACAACGACGUGGAAGCCGAGAAGGCGGCGGUGAAAGCCGAGUUGGACUACAUCAAGCGUGAGGACAUGCUGGAUGAGACUGGCCGCACGAAGCCCAUCCUCAUCGAAUCCGAAUCCAAGCUCAUCGAGCGACUGCAAAUCAACGAGUUUCUCUACAGCGCGCAGCAGGCGCGGAAUCCUGUGCCGAUGCUCGUGGAGAAGAUCUCGCACUUGUUGGAAAUGCUGCACACCACGCAGGUGCAGUCGGACAUGUACCUGCAGGACACUGC